CCCUUUCUGAGGUAAACAUACAACAUACAAUGAUCUCACGGUAACAAUACGAGGCGCAAUAUGGCGCCGCCUGAUUCAUCAUCAUCAUCAUCAUCAUCAUCACCACCCACCAGUCCGACCAACACCACGACCCCGACACCAACCCCUACUCCUUCUCCUAUCCCACCUCCCGUCCCGGUCGAGACCCAUCCCAACCGUGCAAAACCACAAGCGAACCGGCUCCCCUCGGAUCCCACACGUCUCGCGCCCGAAGAUGCAUUCAGAACAUUCUCUCCACCACGUCUGCGACCUGUCCCAGAGAUCGCUGGCUCGGCAGCUGCGUCUGCGGCGGCGGCGGCCCUUCGACCUGCAGUCGCAUCGCUGCGAGCACCCCCGGCCAUCCCUCCGGUCGCAGCCAGGCUAGCGGAAGAGAAACGACGCGCGGCGAGCAGGAGACGUAGGCAACCGCAUGUGUGGAAGAAACUGCUCUGGAUCAAACAGCAUGGGUUCCCGGACAAUUACACAGACACGGAAACAUUCUUGGAUCAUCUGCAGAGAAACCCGAGGUUGCAGCCGUACGAUUUUUGGCCUCUGGUAGCAGACUCGGCCGUCAUUGUGCAGCAUGUAUGUUCGGUCGCCAUCUUCGUCUGUGCCUACGCAGGGAUUUAUCAGGGUCGUCUGUCCCCGGUUUCGGUGGUGACUUGCGGUACCGUCGCGACAAUGGCUUGUUGGAUCGUGUGGGACUAUUGGAUGGGUCAGGAAGAGGCAGAAGAGAUGGCAGCAGCAAAAAAGGCCAACCGAUUGUCUGUCGACGUCGACGACGGUUCGAGCACAAGUUCUACGGGUUCGUCGAAACUAAUGAUGAAUGGCAAUGGUCAUGCCAAUGGACACGCGAACGGCAGCAUCGGCGGUCGUGGGCUCAGCCUGAAAUUAUCAACCACGAAUUUGGCAGUCAAUGACAAUGAGUCAAGAUUCUCUGGGAAGCAUGGCCAGUCUCUAUCAAAGUCAUCCUUCCAGUCAAUUUCACCCAUUGACGCACUGGGUGAUUCACAGAUGGAACCGUUUCCAGAUCUUCGGCCCACCACAUCUCGACCGCAGGAACCCAAAUCUCCUAGCAUCGUAUACUCGCCGACGACCCUACCCGCCUCCAUUUCACCUCGCAACCAAGCACGCCUAAAGACUCUCAAGUCGGCCGGAUUGAUUUACUUUGCCCUCAUCGGCUUGUCCCCGAUCCUCAAAUCUCUGACGAGAUCGACUUCUUCUGAUUCUAUCUGGGCCCUUGCCACGUGGCUUCUCAUGGUCAAUAUUUUCGGAUUCGACUACAGCAGCUUGUACGUCCCUACAAAACCACACUCAGCCGCGACCUCACCAGACAUUCCCAAAUCCACCCCGGGCGAGACAACGAGACCACCUCCCAAAGCAUCAUUUCGUGCUCCUGCGUUUCCAUCGUCCUUGUCGACGAAUGCCGCUUUGAUGGCGAGUACGGUAUUGGCAUCCCGACUACUUACCACGACGGCCGUGUUCAGUCUCACCCUCUUUUCGAUUCAGGUGUUUGGAUUGUUUCCAGUAUUUCGACGCCAUCUUCGCCACAAGUCCUUCAACUACCAUCUACUUCUUACCUUUGCUCUCGUCACUAUGUCGACCUGUGGUUUAGGAUUGAUUCUGUCCAAGUCCUACACCCACACAUAUGGUGAUUGUGGCUUCUGUCUGGGCUGGAUCUGGCAUGUCAUCAAGCGGUGCACCAUUGGAUUCGCCAUUGGAGGGUUUGGAACGGCAUUCGUCAUGGGAGGUUGUUCAUGGUGGUUGAUCGGACUACAGCGGUAUAAAAAUGUAGUCAUUGGGCCAUGGGAUCCAGCCAAACCCGUGCUUACUGGUGGCGGUAUGUAUGGGCGUAGUAGAACAGGUACCGAAUAA